GUUAAGAAUGGGAGCCCCAAAGCAUAAGUGGACACCGGAAGAGGAAGAAGCUCUUAUGGCUGGAGUACUCAAACAUGGACCUGGAAAAUGGCGUUACAUACUCGCAGACUCUGAGUAUUCCUCUGUUUUGCACUCUCGCUCAAAUGUGGAUCUCAAGGACAAGUGGAGAAACAUAAGUGUAGCAGCUACUUGUGGAUCUAGGAAGAAGGCUAAGCAGGAUGAUGACAAUACCAAAGCUCUUACCAUUUUGGCUCUGACUAAUGGUGAUGAUGGAGGACAACAACACUUUGCACUCUCAUGUGACACACCACAAGAUCUCUUCACAAGUGUGGAUAACAUGAUCUUGGAGGCUAUUACUAACUUUGAGGGACCUUUGGGACCUGACAGAAACUCAAUCUUGAUGUAUCCAGAGGUGGAUGCUAAUAUGCAACUGAAUAUGGAGCAGCUUGUGACUUCAAGACUUGAGCAUUUGAUCAAUAUUGAAACCAUAGUCAAGAUAGAGCACAGAUACAGUAUUUCUCAGGGCUAUGCAGUUGCAAAGGCAAUAGCAGAAGCAGAGUUGGCAAUAGCAGAAGCUGAAGGAGCGGCAAGAGAGGCAGAAAACGCAGAAGCCAAGGCUGAAGCUGCCCGUAUUUUCGCAAAAGCUGCAAAGAAAGCUUUGAAAGCAUACAAUGCAAUGCAACUCGGUAAGUGAUGUUGUUUCUUUGCAGAUAGCGGAAGACAGAUCAUGUCAUGUCUGAACCUUGCAUCUGAUAAAUUUGCAGCUUGUAGCUCAAUAAGAUUAUGUUAAAAAAAAAAAACCAUUGUUCUGUUUAUCUGUUGUUGUAGUAACUUUUUUACCUUCAGGUUUCUCGUGACGCAUUUAGAGAAACAAA